AUGCGUGGCUAUAUAAUGGGUGAAAUUGGGAGGAGACGCGCCAGUCAGAUAGCGGUUCUGCACGACGGGGUCAACAAAGACGAAUUAUAUUCAGCAGCAACAAUGCAUAGGCUGGUAUUCUGCUGUCUCUUUAUUAUCAGCCUCUCAUGUCCUCUCUUGUCUCUCCCCAUUAUCGACUCCAGGGAGGUGUCCUAUCAGCUCUCAGCAGAUGAAGAUACACGAUUAAACGUGGAGCGAUUGGACAGCUUGGGGAAAGCUUCUCUGCUUCAGACUCUGCCAAGGCUCCUGGGAGCACAAACUGAGGACACUCCCAGCAAAGAAGGUCUCAGCCCUAGCAGUUACAAUCCAGGGGAAAAUGUGAAAGAGGCUUUCUAUGGAAGUCACCCUCGAAUUGCUUUGCUGAGCCGCCUGCUGGCCAAAGACAGGAAACAGAAUAAAAGACGUGGGAACCUCUCUGAGUGCUUCUGGAAAUACUGUGUGUAGCCGGGGGCGGUGGGGUGGGGAACAAACUCUUUCCUGGUCCUGGCUGCUUAAUUUAUAAAGAUGUUAAUAACUGUCU